CUCAAUUUUAUUCGAUUAGUAUAUCUGAUUAGCUGCAGUCGGUAAGGAUCGAGUGAGAGACUGGGAGAGAGGGCAGAAAUGGCGUAUGCAGUAGUCAUUUCUCUGAAACAAACUUUAGAGCUUCUUCUUGAUUCAACUCGAUCAAAACUUCAAAUUUCCAGCUCAAAGCUUCAACCCAUUUACGAAGACCUCUGUUACCUGAAAUCAUUUUUUGAUAAAAUCAAUUCUUUGGAAGACAGCAACAGCGUUGAGGAGCUGGAAAGAGAUAUCAAGGAUGUUUUACAGAAUACUCGAGAUCUCAUCGAAUCCCACUUAUCAGAUCUAAUUCAUGCUGCAGGAGUUGGGAGUUCGACUUCUGGGUUUUCCCAAAAAUUGGUGGAAGUCAAAGUUGAACUCAGUCCCUUUAUCGAUACGUUGAAGGCCAAGGAAAACAAGCUCACAGGAAACCAGCAACUGCACACUGAUGUUGACGUUGAUGUUCCUGUUUCUGUUUCAUCAAUAAUCGACCACGAGAUUGUGGGAUUGGAAGAUGAAGUAGAGAUGCUGCGACAGCGGCUUUUGGAUCCAGAUUCCGGGCUCAAGGUAAUCUGUAUUGUUGGGAUGGCUGGCAUUGGUAAGACUACUCUUGCCAAGGAGGUAUGUAAAGAUACAUAUAUUGAGGAUAAGUUCGAAUUGCGUUUAGUUGUAACAAUAGGUGAAGAUUAUCAGUUGAAAGAAUUAUUGCUGGCUAUUCUUUCUCAAGUACUAAAGGCUUCCGAGGUAAAGAAAGAAGAGACGGUUCAUGAAUUAGGGAACCGUCUCAAGGCAUCUUUAUCUCGUAGGACUUAUCUGGUUGUAUUAGAUGACUUAUGGGAUAUGGGAGCCUGGAAUCAACUUCAUCCCUACUUUCCAGAUGAGGGAAAUGGUAGUCGGAUUGUGUUCACAACUAGAAUGACCAACGUGGAUCGUGUUGUUCACAGAAAAUAUAUUUUCCAAAAGCGUUUAUUGAGUGAUCAGGAAAGCUGGGAGUUGUUUUGUAAGACAGCAUUCUCCGAUAAGUGUCCUUCGGAACUUGAGGAAAUCGGGAAGACAAUUGCCAGAAACAUGGGAGGACUUCCCUUAGCACUGGUUGAGAUUGGUAAACACGUAUCAAAGUGUCCAACAACAGUGGAUUGUUGGAUGGAAGCUGUUCUGAAUAUGAAUUCACUUAUUCGGAAAACAACCAUCCCAAAGGUUGUGAAUGCUGAAUUGCCUCACCAUUUAAAGGCAUGCCUUUUUUACUUGGGCCUAUUCCAUCCAAACCAUGAUAUCCCUACUUCUCAACUCAUCAAAUUAUGGGUGGCUGAGGGAUUCAUCGAUCCUGAAGCUGAUCAAAACUUGGAACAAAUAGCCGAGGAAUAUCUGGAGGAACUUGUUUCCAGAGGUCUUGUUAUGGUUCAUGAGCGGAGCUACACUGGUAGAAUCAAAACCUGCGGAAUGAUCCAUAAGCUCGUUCGGGAUAUAUGUGUCACUCAAUCUCAACAGCAAAAAAUAUUCCAUAUUGUAAACAAAGGCUCUACCACAACAAACCAAAGGCGGCUGAGCAUCCAGAGUGAUGUUUUACUUGGAGGGAUGGCUGUUUCACGUGUACGCUCUCUUGUUUUUAUGUGUGCGGAGCAUCAAGAUCCAUUUCUGGUGUUUGAGGGUGUUAGAUGGCUAAGGGUACUGCAUGCACUUCCGAUCAGAUUUCGCGAGUUCCCCAGGGAAGUACUAAAGCUAGUUCGGUUGAGGUACCUGGCCAUCACAUUUGAAGGGGAGCUGCCAUCAUCAAUUUCUAGACUCUUGAACCUUGAAGUCUUGAUUAUUUUUUCUCGUCAGGCCAUCUGCUCCCCUGUCUUUCUGCCGUUAGAGAUCUGGAAAUUGGAGAAACUGAGGCACCUGCACUGCAUGGGCUUUGACCUGCCAGUUCCUUCAACUGAACAUGGGGAUGAUCUGUACUUCACGAACCUUCUCACGCUUUCAGGUGUGAGUUUUCGUACUUGUUGUGACAUAGUUCUUGCAAGAAUUCCCAAGCUAACCAAGUUAGGGAUCAGGUUUGAUCCAGCACUCCACGGUGUUGAAAUAUCCUGUUCUGCUGCUCUCUUUAGCGAUCUCCAUCAGUUUGAUUCAUUCAAAUGCGCAGUCACGAACCCAUCAAGAGUUGCAUUUUCCCUUGAAGGUUUCCCUUCUGGUCUUAAAAAGCUAACCCUGGGAAGAUGUGGAUUUCUGUGGGAUGAGCAUUCCACCAUCAUUUCUCAAUUACCAAAUCUUCAAGUACUAAAGUUGCGAUGGAACGCCUUCUGCGGCCCCAAGUGGGAAUUACAAGAUGAUGAGUAUCGUUGUCUAAAAUUCCUUGUUUUGGAAGAGUUGGAUAUCAAGGAGUUGAUAGCAGAGCCUAACAACUUCCCGGUUUUGCAACAAUUACUUAUUAGGCGAUGCUACUAUCUGCAACAGAUCCCCCUUGAUAUGAUAGAUAUCCUAACACUUAAAGUUAUAGAAGUGGAUGAUUGCAGUAUAUCCCUCAUUCAAUCAGCAAGACGCAUACAGGAGGAGCAAGUGGAACGAAGAAAUGAUGACCUACAAGUUCGGAUCCGUUCUUCAUCUCUGAUAGAUCUGGCGUGAGAUGAGCGCGAUCAAAAUGCAAUCAAAUGGAUGAGAGAGGAACGUCGGGGAUGAGAGAUGAGGUUGUCCAGCUUGCAGAGAGGAUUGCUCCUAGAGAUUGAGACUGCCAUGUUUCUAAUUCUGUUUCACAUAUUUCUACAUAUGUGUUUCAUUAUCUUAGUUAAUGAAUAUUGUAGUAUUCGUUUGCUUUUAGAGUCUGAGAUGUUGUAUGAAUCGAUGUAAUGUUAGUUGUUUUUCCAAUA